AUGGCUAUAAAAGGAAACGAAUUCGACAGAAAGAUCAGUUUACUUCUUCUGAAGACCAACGUCCCAACUGCUCCCGAACAACUCUCGCACCAAAUGUCCGAACUACCAAAUGCUGGAAAGAAGACUGCUGGACCCACUGGAAAGGCCAAUACUCCUCGAGUCAUGGAAGUCAGUGGCAAGAUGAUGGCACCGCCGAGACAUGGUCAGUUAACUCGAUUUGUUCACAAUAAAGACUAUUAG